AUGACCUUAUUUCUGGGUUACAAUUACAGCGAAAACACCUCUCUAACGAAAGUCAAACCAGAGCACAUUGUUGUCACUUCUGGAGGAGGAAGCGCCCUGGGUGCUCUCAUGCGAAGCAUUUGUGAUGAAAGGGAUAGUGUCCUUCUUGUGUGUCCAAUCUGGGAUGGUCUCGGUCUAUAUCUCCUGAUACACGGAAAUAUUGAGUGGAUUAAUGUGACAGUGCCGUGGCUUGAGAUUGGCCCGCAAAGAAGCCUCGUUGAGGAAUUGGAGCGGGCAUAUCUAAAUCACCCAAACCCAGACCGCAUCAAGGCGGUCGUCUUUACCAACCCUAAUAACCCCCUGGGACGGUGUUUUGCGCCCUCGGUUCUACGCGAAUGCUUAGCAUUCUGCGCUGAGAAGGCUCUUCACUGUAUUAGCGAUGAGGUCUACGCCCUGUCUUCGUUCUCGAGUUCGGCGCCUUUUCCGCGCUUUACCUCGAUUUUGUCAUUACUCGAUGACACUUUGCCUGCGACUUUCGCUUCCCGGGUCCAUGUCAUAUGGAGCGCAAGCAAGGAUUUUGGCUGUAAUGGGCUGAGACUGGGCUGCAUAAUAUCGCAAGCCAACGACACGCUACGUCUCGGCUCUGGGCUCACCAGCUACCUCGAAGUAUCCUCUUUAACGACCGUCAUGACCAUAGCCCUUCUUGACUCACCGCACCUUCCCUUGCUCAUCGCAAAGAGCUCUGAGAGACUCACUGCUGCAUACAAUCUACUUACCCGUGGUUUCGAGAGACUGCAUAUCAAGUUUAUCCCCGCAAACUACGGCCUAUGCGUGUUCUUCAGAUUGGUGGACAAUUGCUCCAGUGCGAAGGAAGAAACAGCCGCUGUGCACGAACUUGCACAGUUGGGCUUGGUUGUCUCCCAGGGGCAGAACUAUGCGCUUGGAGACGGCGUCUGGGGAUGGGCGAGGAUCAUCUUUGCGUAUCCGCCAGACGUCAUCCAGCGGGCGUUGGAUGUUCUCGAGAAGUUUAGACGGGGCCGUGGGGGCUGCAUUUGA